CUGGUUCACCGCAUUUUAUCUAGUUUUAGUAUCCAUCGUGACGAUAAUUUUACCGUAAGUACAGUAUUGAGUGAGCUCAAAUUACCAUUGGUUUGCUUCAAGGACUAUUUUGCACCGCUAUUGUUGGAUUUUCUUGUUUCUAUCGGCAACGUUGACAUGGCUCAGGACAGUGUGCAGAAUCGCAAAGCCUCGUGCGGUCUGGACUUCGCUUGUGUCCCAGACAUCCGCCAGUGUUUGGCUUAUUCGGCAGAAAAUAAAUAUGACUUUAGUAUGAUGCCAAUAGUCCAUCCUCGCUAUAAAAGAGAAUUUUUAUCAGGCAAAGCUAAGGAUCGGCAAGGACCUUUUACUCGGUCCGAUCUUCUGCUCCAGAGCUCAGAUUGGACCAACAUGAUUGUUGGUAAGAUUUCCCCAUACAUUGAUGUGGAUUCUGAGGAUCAUGUUUACCGCCGCCAAUGUGAAGAGGCAUUACUUCAAGAAAUGACCUUUGCUUCUCAUCUCAACCUGUGUGCCAUUUCCGUGACCUUAACAUCCUUUAAUCAUAUUAAUCUAGCCAGAGCACUGUUUUCUAAAGUCAUGAACCCAUACAGUUAUCAGGUAUGGAUUCGUGUUCCAAUGGAAAGCCCUAUGGUCCAAGCUAUGGAAUAUAGAAAGGACAUUCCAAAUAAGGAGGAUUUGCUGAAGGAGAAGAAUAACAAUCCAUGGGAAUGGUGGAAUGUGUUCAGAUCAGUGUGUAACUACAAUCGACGGUUGGGGGUAGCUCUGGAAGUGACCCCUGACAUACCAUCUGCUGAAGAAAUUACUCGGUGGUUAGGUGAGCCUGUGCGCAGUCUUAUUAUUCCAACAUCUUUGUUCUUGACCAAUAAGAAGGGCUACCCAGUCUUGUCUCGGGCACAUCAGAACCUAUUGCGUCAAUUUGUUCCUCUUGGCGUGCAGGCUGUGGUCACAGGCUCUGUUGUCCAUGGCUCAGUACAAUACUAUCAGCAGUACAUUGAGCAUCUUUGGCAGAGUGUGAAGCUGACUGAUCCUCUGGUUGGAUUUGCUCGUGGCUAUGAGGACUUCCUACAAUGUCCACUCCAGCCUUUGAUGGACAACCUUGAAUCUCAUACCUAUGAAGUUUUUGAGAAAGAUCCUGUUAAGUACUCUGAAUAUCAGGCUGCAAUGCUUAAGGCCAUCAUGGACAGAAUACCAGAAGACCAGAAAGAAACAAAAUCAUUGACUGUGAUGGUUGUUGGUGCAGGUAGAGGUCCUCUGGUUAGAGCUUUACUUAAUGCAGCUGACAAGGCUGAGCGGAAGGUGAAAGUCUACGCUGUAGAGAAGAAUCCCAAUGCCAUUGUUACACUCUUGUCUCAGAAGGAGGAAACAUGGCAUGAUAAGGUAACUGUUGUAUCCUGUGAUAUGCGCUACUGGGAGGCGCCAGAGAAAGCAGAUAUCCUUGUUUCUGAACUUCUCGGGUCUUUUGGUGACAAUGAACUGUCACCGGAAUGUUUGGAUGGUGCUCAGAAGUUCCUUCGAGAUGAUGGUAUCAGCAUUCCUAGCCAGUACACCUCAUUUAUAUGCCCUAUUCAAUCAUCCAAACUCUACAAUGAGGUUCGAUUAAGUAAAGAACAAGACAAACAUCCUUUGAAGCAUUUUGAAACACCUUAUGUGGUUCACCAACAGAACAGACUAGAACUGUCUGAUACUCAACCACUAUUUCAAUUUGACCAUCCUAAUCCUGAUGUGCCAAUUGAUAACACCAGAUUCAAAACUGUGCAAUUUAAAAUCAGGCAGAAUGGUGUGCUGCAUGGAUUUGCUGGUUACUUUGAAACUGUUCUUUACAAAGAUGUCAUGCUGAGCAUAAACCCUGCAACCCACUCACCUGGCAUGUUCAGCUGGUUCCCUAUAUUCUUCCCUAUCAGAGAACCACUGCACGUCAAAGAAGGUGAUGUUUUGGAAGUUAAUUUUUGGCGUCUGAAUAAUUCCAAAAAUGUGUGGUAUGAGUGGUGCAUCACUAAACCUGUCCCUGGGUCUAUCCAUAAUCCUAAUGGGCGGUCUUACACAAUCGGCCUUUAGCUAGACAGUGAUUUGUUUACCAUGCUAUAAGUAAUCUUAAACUUAUUAUAUGUAUUAAUUAAUCUUUGUAUCGGACUGAGGUCCAACAGUUCCCAUGGGUUUCUUUUCACAUCCAAUCAUUGUGCUCAUGAAAUGCAAGAUAAUAAAUUGUUAAGUUGUGUUCAAUCCAUUUUCAUUUUAGUUAAUGACAUCAAUUUAAUUAAUUGCGAUAUCUGUAACUACUUCAAAUGAUUUUUCAUUGUUUGUGAAGAAGCUAUGUUUUGUGCAGUUUUCCUCUGAAAUUAUGACCAUGAAAAUGCAUCAUUCUCCAUCAUUAGAA